UCCUGGGAGCAAGCGGGCAGCUUGGGGGUGCAGGGUGGGCCGACUCGAGUCUGGGGUCCCCUUUGGUCCUGUGCCAACCCACCCAGUUUCUGUCCGCAGCCAUGGCGUCCAAGAAGCCCCACGGGGCAGGCCACCUGGGAGACUCCAAGCAUCACGACCCCUCUAAAGUUCACCCGGGGGCAGCUGACAAACCGAAGGGUCACGGCCAUGGCAGCUCUUCGUCCAGCAGCAGCAGCAGCGACAGCGACAGCGGCGGGAAGCACGGAAGCACCCCGGGCAAGACCAAGACCCCCAAGAUGAAGAAGCCGAAGGACGGGAAAAAGAGCGAGCACAAGCCCCACUGAGCCGCCCCAUUAAAGCCGCCUUGCUGUGCA